UGAUUGUUGACUCGUUGUUUUGGUGCCACGGAUGAUCUUCUGGGAAUGAUAUUUUCACCCUGAACGCCAUUUAUCAAAAAUUCAGAAUAUAGUUGACUACAGUUAGCAAGAACAGUUGGCAAUCUACUAAGAGCACCUCAACAUAGUGCUUGCCAAGGCAAUGGGCAAGCACUUUCUGCUGUCAAAGCGAUACUUAGCAUGAAUUCACGUUAUCUAAUAAGUAGAGCCUAAAGUAGAGCCUGAAUCUACUCAUAAUCUCCCGUAGAGAGUAUGUCUGAAACUUAGUCAUUGAUACGAAACCAUGAAGUCAUUUUUCGUUUGCAGGGUUAACGACGUGCUGUUUGUAAACCCAAAGGUGGAAAAAGCACAUUUUUGGUCUUGUGCAGCUUCGUUACUGCGAGAUCUGACGAUGGCAAUAUUUACUGGAAUGCGAAUCUUCAUUGUGGAGACGAAGUUGGGUCCAUUUUCAGUGAGCACUGUAAAGAAUAUGAUAAAAGCACACGGGGGGGAGAUUUCCCCAGAUCAAGCGAAUGCAAAUAUGAUUCUGACAGGAAUGAAGGCACCAGCACGUCUUGCGCGCCAUAUUCAAACGACACAGGCGCCAAUCAUUGAUGUAAAAUGGAUUAAUGACUGUGUGAAGGAGGAAACGAAACUGUCGACAAAAAACUAUGCAAUACACCUCGACAUUGAACAGAAACCUCCGAGACUGUCUUCACCAGAGCCGGCUGAUGACAUAGAGAAAUCCACACCAUUUGAACAAGAUAGCACGUCAGAUUCUAGUGAUGAAGAAAUUGAUAUUGAUCCGAAAUUCCACAACUCUUUUCAUGAGUGCUUGCGGCCGACACCCUUUGAGCCAAAGUAUAACAAAGAGCUGAUUCGAUUAUUGGAGCUGUUGGAGAUGAAAAGGCAUACCAAUGGUGAAAGUAUGAGCUCGCUUUCUUACAGGCAUGCAAUAGCCGCAUUAAAAGCAUAUCCAAGAGAAAUUCGGAGUAGCAGAGAAGCACAACAAAUCAAAGAAGCAAAGGCUAUAGAAUCAGAUGUUAAAUUUCAUGUCAUGAGCAAAUUUUUGAAAGUUUGGGGCGUGGGCCAAAACUUGGCCCAGGAAUGGUGGAACUCUGGGUAUCGAAGUUUAGAUGAAGUGUACCAGAAUGCCAGCUUGCCACCGACUAUUAAACUUGGGAUCGAGCUUUUCGAUCAAUUGAAUCAAAGAUUGUCACGGAAGGAUUGCGAAGAGAUUCUUGGUAUAAUAGAAAAAGAAGCUAAAGAUCUGUUACCAGGCUGUGAGAUUUACCCAGUUGGUGGUUACAGGCGGGGUAAAGAGUCCAAUGGAGAUGUUGAUCUUGUUUUAAGUCAUCCAGAUGAGCUUAAAAACCAAAACUUUUUGAAGAAUCUAGUUGACCGUUUGUGCAGCAAAGGGUACAUUGUCCACAAACUACGAUAUUCUGAGCCGAGCGCUAAUAGGUUUGAAGAGAAAUCGUUGGUAGAUGCCAAUAAGGAUUUAAUAGAUUCGUGCUACACAGCCUUUUUGCAACCAAGUACAGGAAUUCUAAGACAAGUCGAUAUCCUUGUUGCACCUCCUAGCCAGUUAUACACAACCAUACUCGGAUGGACUGGAUCUCGCCAGUUUGAGAGAUCGUUGAGAUCAUAUGCCGAGACAAAGGGACUGCAUGUAGCAAGCUUUGGAAUUUUCACAGAUCGUAGCCACUCUCAUCGCAUCCCUGUGACUGAUGAAAAAGAAGCAUUUGAAGUCAUUGGUAUACCAUGGCUCGAGCCGGAGCUGCGAAACUGUUAGUGUGGUGAACAGCGUCUGUACGCUUAGCAGAAAAGGAAGCAAAAAAAUAGCUGGAAGGUGAAAUGCUAGGGUUUACAUGGGCUUUGAAAAGAUCUUCA